CAUUGUGCACAUGGUGUAGAUAACCACAAGGUGUAUACGGAUUACUGUAUUCGUCAUGCUUUAAUUAAAAUGUUAACUUUUGAAAUAUAUAUUGGAAACGGAUAAAUAUUCGUUAAGUGUUAGUAUACUGUAGUAGGUGGAUAAAAGGCGUUGUUAAUAUUCCAAAAAUACAUUACAUGUAUAUUGCACCGAUGAAUAGAACUGCAUUUACUUAUAACGAACACAUGCAUGAGCAACGUGGUGAAUGAGUAAGAUAAAAUGGACACAAGAGAUAACAUCGACAAUUCAUGGGCUUUACACGACACAGCGGGCAUGGCGUAAACGAAAUGAGUAAAACUAAGAACAAGAAAUCUGUACGCAGUCUGAAACUGAGAGCUACAAUUAACAAUGUGAUCCGCAGCAUAGAAUCCGUCAUGACAAACACUAACAUCGUCAUGGGCGAGGUUGAAAAUCUCGUCAAAGAUAUUGACAAAAUCUCUGCACGGCUGGAGGCAAGGUUUGGGCAAGGAGCGCUGAACGAGAGUGAUGUGCGCUAUGACAGCAAUCGCAACGUGUGUGAACCAGCAGGUCCAUCCGGAUGGCCUGGAUGGCCAGAGGCCGCCUCCAACUCCGUGCUGCCGUCUCCGAACAUGGAUUACACAUUUCUGGAUCUCUCCCAAGAAUGCACCGACUGCGGUAUGGACAACAUUAGAAAUAUAUCAUACACGGCCAAAUACCCGCUGUGGAUCCAGUGUGACAGCUGGAGAGCCCCCACCUCCGUGUCGGAACUGUCGGAAGUAUCCGAGGUCAGUACCUGCUUCUCUUCGUGUUCUGAUAGAGCAUCGCAGCACUCACUGAACAAUUUGAACAACGCCCAAAGUGUUUACCAACAACAUCAAGAGAAGCGACAGACUAACGAGAACAUGCAGAAAAUAAGGCAAUGUUGUGUUGUGACGUGCAUCAAUCCGGAGUUAACUACAGGCGGAAAUUAUUGUGGUUUGUAUGAAGACAUCAUGGAGGCAAAGUUAGAAGAUUUAGUUUGGACCGACCUCGAAUGUGACGAAAGUCUCAGUGACAGUGACCAUCUGUCCGACGGUUAUUAAUAGAUUUUAAGACUGCGGCGUACUUAUAUUGAACUGUUCUGAAUCUUAUAUAAUUUAUUGCAUGUCUAUGGCUUUUUAAUUCAGCUUUAAAGUGACACUCUUAUUCAAAAUCAAUACAAACACAUGUAUAACAAACAUACAUUCCAUACAUUUUGAGUGAUAAACCUUUAACUACUUACUAAUUAAUGCAUUUAUGGAAAAUUUUAAUUACUGAUAACAAUAUUGCAACCGUGUAUUUAUAGCUGAAAACGCAAAACUAUUAAAUGAUUGGUGAAUGCUAAAAUACUUACUGUGAUCUAUCAUCGUUACAUAAGGUAAAAAUACCGUUUUUUGUGCACAUUUCUUUCAAAUUUAACUCGGUAUCCUUGAUAAGAACCAUUGUUUUCGACAUUCAUUCAUCUUUUUUGAUAUAUCAAAUAAAUUUUAUUAAUUUUGGUAAUCUUAUUUGGGAAUAAGAGUGCAUCUUUAAAGAUUAAUUUGGAUAAAUGUUUUAAUAUGCAUAUAUAAUUAUGCAUAAAAUACACACGUUUUGCUGAGAGCAUGGUAGUUGUGGAAUCAUCAAUGACAUACAGAAUAUGUAUUAGCAUGCAUCGCAUACAGACACUAUGUAAUGGCUGGCUUUAUCGGCCUAACUCUGACGAAACGUAGAUAUGCAUUCAAUAAAUUUAAAGGAUAGCAAUUCGUUCAAUAAAAGGCCAAUGAUUCGUUCAAUAAUUUAAGGCCAAUGAUUCGUUCAAUAAUUUAAGGCCAAUGAAUCGUUCAAUAAUUUAAGGCCAAUGAUUCGUUCAAUAAAAGGCCAAUGAUUCGUUCAAUAAUUUAAGGCCAAUGAUUCGUUCAAUAAAAGGCCAAUGAUUCGUUCAAUAAUUUAAGGCCAAUGAUUCGUUCAAUAAUUUAAGGCCAAUGAUUCGUUCAAUAAAAGGCCAAUGAUUCGUUCAAUAAUUUAAGGCCAAUGAUUCGUUCAAUAAUUUAAGGCCAAUGGUUCGUUCAAUAAAAGGCCAAUGAUUCGUUCAAUAAUUUAAGGCCAAUGAUUCGUUCAAUAAUUUAAGGCCAAUGAUUCGUUAAAUAAAAGGCCAAUGAUUCGUUCAAUAAUUUAAGGCCAAUGAUUCGUUCAAUAAUUUAAGGCCAAUGAUUCGUUCAAUAAUUUAAGGCCAAUGAUUCGUUCAAUAAAAGGCCAAUGAUUCGUUCAAUAAUCUAAGGCCAAUGAUUCGUUUAAUAAUUUAAGGCCAAUGAUUCGUUCAAUAAUUUAAGGCCAAUGAUUCGUUCAAUAAAAGGCCAAUGAUUCCUUCAAUAAUUUAAGGCCAAUGAUUCGUUCAAUAAUUUAAGGCCAAUGAUUCGUUCAAUAAUUUAAGGCCAAUGAUUCGUUCAAUAAAAGGCCAAUAAUUCGAUCGUUCUGAUAACGUUUCGUUUUAUGAUUAUUUCUUGUUGAAAACAACAACAUAACUAUGAAACAAUAUAGGAGAGCAGCGUAAUGUAACGUUAUUUUUUUUUCGUUUCGACUGAAAUUGCAGUAAUUUUCUGUAGUUCUAUAACAACCUCUGUUGAAAUGAACCCAUUCGUGAUAUAUAAGUGUCGUUUAUCAAUCUCUCCUACGCAAAGGAAUACGGAAGACGUGUUAGCAGUAACUUUAGGUAACCCUUUAUUUAUUUAGUAUAUAUAAUAUGAUGUGUUUAACGAUUAAAUCAUAAUAUGCUUAUAGUUGAUUUUCGUAGAGGGUAACACUGUUAAUAAUUCAUUUGGAAAAAUGUUAGUUAAUUGAUCAUGAGUAUGGUAAUUGUUUGUUUCUUAAUUCAAUUGUAAUUGGUUCAUAAAAUUUCAAUGCUAUAUUUGUUUUUUAUAUCAUGCGUCCCUUUUUCGCAAACAUAUAUUAAUGUAUAAGCUCCCGUACCCCUCACAAAUUAUGUUAUACGUUCGUAUUUUGUCGUCAAACUGUCCACCACACGCCAUUUCUUAUUCAUACUGGUCCUUACAAUUGAAUGUAAAGUGGGAAAUGAUGAAUUGAAUGAUCAUUUAACCAUUCAUUGAUAUUUUAUAAACAUAUCUCUACCCUGGUCGAAACUCAGCAUUAGCAAACUCCAAACUAAUACUUAAAGCUGCACUGUCACAGAUUUACCAUUUUUACAACUUUUUUUAUUUUUUGUCUUGGAAAGACCAAAUUUUUGCGUAAAUAUCUGCAAAAUAAUGAAAUAAGAUUGUUGACAAAAAAAAAACAGAUCGUAGAUUUUCAUAUUUCCGUUUGAAAAGUAAUGUUUUAUGGCUUAAACCGUUACUAACGGUUUAAGAAAAAUGCAUAAAACAUCUUUUUUUGAACUUGAAUAUAAAAAUCUACGAUCUCAAUAUUGUCAGCAGUCUUAUAUAACUGGUUUCCAUGGAUUUUCGCAAAAAUUGGCUCGUGCAGGAUAAAAAAUAAAAAAGUUGUCAAAACGUUCAAUCUGUGAGAGUGCAGCUUUAACAACAUGAAUGAACCAUUAUCCGCAUCACUCACUGUUAUGAAUAAGGUCAUACUUUGGUACUCUGUUUUAUACGUAAAAUUCAUUGUAGUGCAUGUAGCAAAUUUAAUCUAAAAGUGUGCAGUCUAUACAAAAAAAAUCAAACAAUAAUUACCGUCUGAACGGAUCACUGUCAGUUUAGGGAACGUUUAUACUUUUUGUCGGAAUUCAGCCGUUGUGAGCUUUGCGUCGUAACUGAUGUGUCGAGCCACUCAUGUCUGGUUAGUAUCCAUAGAUUUAUUUUGCCAGAAUAAAACGUAACUUGUCCAAACAACUAUUGUCUAAAUUACAGAAACAAUGACAAAUGUAUGUAGUAUACGACUGCAAAUAGAAAUGAACAUACUAAACGUU